UUCAUAUGUGAGAAGUAAGACUCCUGACCAUGGCACUUCUACAUAGCGCCUUUCUGUUUCUUGUUACCAUUACCUACGCCUAUGGUGCUCCGCAAAUGCCGCCAGCUUAUUGCCUCGAGCGACCUAUUAAAGGUGGAUGCCGCGAAAUAAAUCAGUCAUGGUAUAUAGAUGCCAGUACCAAACAAUGCGUCGCGCAACGCCAGGUGCUUUGCGGUGGAGGACAAGGUGGCUUCCAAACAAGGCAGUCGUGCAUGGAUUGCCAAAACAAUUCCGCGAAAAAGGGCCCAAGUGCGUGCCCUCCCAAUUCCUUCCUCGGUGGUUGCCAACCAAGAAUGCACCGUUGGUUCUACGACUCUGACUACAAGACCUGUCGGGCGUUUCAACACGGAGAAUGUAGCAGAGGGCGCAACCACUUUGUAACUGAAUAUCAGUGUAGAGAAAUGUGCGUGCCUGGUGUACUGAAACCACCAGACAGAUGUCAGAAGCCGCUGGUUCGAGGCCAAUGCCAGCAAUUACAUCGCUUUUGGCAUUAUAAUUUCAACAAGAACGAUUGCUUCAAAUACAAGCCAGGUCUUUGCGGUGUCGGGAAUAACAUGUUCGUGACAAAAGAAACCUGUUUGAAUGCGUGCCAAAAGCCUCCUGGACAAAAAACACCUGGAUGCUUAGCUACACCACGCUUUGGCAGCUGCCAAUCUAACAGGCUCGCAUGGUUUUUCGAUUAUAAAGUCGGGCGCUGCAGGAUGUUCAGGAACGGAGAUUGCGGCACAGGUGGAAACUAUUUCGCAAGCGAACGGAAGUGCAAGCAAGAGUGUCUUAGAAUAGGCGAUCCACAACUCGUCUGCAGUGCCAAGCCAAUAUCAGCAUACUGUAUGGGAUAUGGCACGCACUGGUAUUUCGACGAAACCAAGAACAACUGCUACCGCUUCAGCGGCGGCUGGUGUGGGAAAAAUGCAAACGGAUUUAAAUCAUAUUCUGCCUGCAUGAAUUAUUGUAGCGACCCAGAAGCACCAAGCUACCCACCACAAUCCAAAAACAAUGUGCCACCUGUUCAGCAACAGCAGCAAGUAAAGACGACAGGAUAAGAAAAAUUCAAUGGGAAGACCUCACUAUACAUAAGCCACUGUACAACCGGCUUUUUUUGUCUUGCUUCCUUCAAGCCACCAGGCGUUCUAGUAAAGCCUGCAGUGCUUGAAUGGGCAA